AUGGUUGAACUUAAACCAUGUGAUGAUGUUAACGACUUAAAUCAACUUCAGGUGAAACAGAAGGAGGUUUUAAGAGAGAGAAAGUUUUUCUUUGUUCUAGAUGAUGUUUGGAACAAUAAUUAUGGCCUUUGGAAUGUCUUAAGGUGUGCUUUUGAAUCUGGAGCACAGGGAAGUAAGAUCAUUGUGACUACUCGCCAUCAUGAAGUUGCAUCAAUGGUGACCACUGUUCAACCUUUUAAACUGGAAACAUUAUCUUAUGAAGAUUAUUGGCAAUUAGUUGUAAAACAUGCCUUUGUUCACGUGCCUGUAGGUGCAAAUCAAAAAUUUGAAAUGAUUGGUAGAAAAAUUGUUGAAAGAUGCAAAGGCCUCCCUUUGGUUGUAAAAUCUCGAAGAAGUUGGAAAUGA